ACAUAGAACUCAACUGAAGUUCCAAGUUACAUUGUAACGAUAGCUAGCAAGUCCAUUCUUAACAAAGAUUUUUCGCCAAGCCUGCUGUCAAGAUCGUCGUCGGAUUCGAUUGGUUUGCAACUCACGAGAUAUCUUUAAAUUAGAUAUUUUUUAAUCUAUAGGGAAUUGGGGGGUUUAAGCUGAAUUACUUACUAGCUCGGUUACUUCUAUUUCGCGAGCUAACUUCCCAUCCAACUAACCUUAGCUAGCUGGCUGAUGUGGCUAGGUAGUAUUAGCCACCUAGCUAGCUAAUGUUAGCUAUUUGGUGAAGUACUCUGUGUUAGCCACAACGUUAUCAGAUUUGCAUUAGCGAGCUAGUUGGGCAGGUGUCCAAAAUACCCCGUGUGCGAUGUCCAGUGAGAUACUGGUAUUGGGCAACUAACUUGAUGUUUCCAGGUUAUGUUGAAGCAUUUAGGUAAAUAACGUAAGCUACUAUUUGUGACCUGUUCGUCUAACGUUAGAGUCAGCUAGCAUAGCCUGCAAAGUGCAGCUGCUGCUAUUUGUCGUCAGCCAAUUAGCUGUUGUUAGCUAGUGAGCCCAAAUCUGUUGAGUUUCAUUGCUGACGUUUAACGUUAGUUGUGAAAAUGCCUGCCAUGCUAGAUAAAGGUACUACCGAGAUGUCUGGUAAAAGAAGGGGUAGGAAUUCUGUAAGCCACCCUGCUAAAAGUUUCGCUGCAAAUGGAAACAGUAACAAUUCAUGGGAAGAAGGAAGUUCGGGAUCUUCAAGUGAUGAUGAACAUGGUGCAGGGGGGAUGAGAGUCGGUCCACAGUACCAAGCGAACGUUCCAGAUUACGAUCCAGAGGUGGCAAAGGCCAGUCAAGAGAGAGAGAAUCUCGGCAUGCUGGUUUGGUUUCCUAAUCACAGUCUGGCAGAAGCAAAACUGGAUGAAUACAUUGCAAUUGCCAAAGAGAAGCAUGGGUACAAUAUGGAGCAGGCUCUGGGGAUGCUCUUUUGGCACAAGCAUAACAUUGAAAAGUCUCUGGCGGACUUGCCCAACUUCACGCCUUUCCCUGAUGAGUGGACAGUGGAGGACAAGGUCCUGUUUGAGCAGGGCUUCAGCUUCCAUGGCAAAACAUUCCACCGCAUCCAGCAAAUGCUGCCAGACAAGUCCAUUGCCAGCCUUGUGCGCUUCUACUACUCCUGGAAGAAGACGCGCAGCAAAACCAGUGUGAUGGACCGACACGCACGCAAGCAGAAGAGGGAGAGAGAAGAGAGUGACGAGGAGGUGGAGGAGAACAGCUGCAUUUCUCCAGGAGACGCUGAGUAUGAGCCCAGCAAGGAGGAGAGGAAGGAGGUGAAGAGUUUGGGGACAGGAGUAGAAAAAUCAGAGGCAAAGGCAUCAGUCCCCCAAAAGCCAGCAGGCUCUGGGGAAAAACCCGCUCACUUGAAGAAGGAGACUCCGGGCCCCACGGGGAAGAAUCUGCACCGGGCCAAGAAGAAGCCGCCCAAGGGCAUGCACCUGAUCCAGCGCGACGUCACCGCCAUGUCCAGCAGCUCGCCCGCCGCCUCCGGCGUCCUCCGGCAGCUCGACAUGGAGCUGGUGGCCAUUAAACGCCAGAUCCAGAGUAUCAAGCAGACCAACAGCACGCUGAGGGAGAACCUGGAUGCUGGUGUCGAGGACUUCAGACCAUCUGAGGUGACCCAGAAGUUCAACACCCGCUGGACAACAGAAGAGCAGCUGCUGGCUGUUCAAGCUAUUCGCAAGUACGGCCGGGACUUCCAGGCCAUCUCCGAUGUAAUCGGGAACAAGUCUGUGGUCCAGGUGAAGAAUUUCUUUGUGAACUACCGGCGACGCUUCAACCUGGACGAGGUGCUGCAGGAGUGGGAGGCAGAGCACGGCGUGGAGAGCAGCGACGGGGCGAAGAACAGCGAGGAAGAGAAGAUGGAGGUCACGCCAGAGGACGGCGCCACCACCCCAGUCCCACCUGAGGAGCAGAAAAAGGAGCCAGCAGCUGCAGACACACAGGCCCCCCAGGCAUCCUGAACCCUUGAGAACUCAACCCAUUCAUUCCUACAGAGCUGCAGUUUUUGAAGGAGAGAACGAGAGAAACAGCGAGAGAGACGCAUCUCUCGGCAGACCUGCGCUGUGUCUUUAAAACUGGACCCCCUCCUGCCCCCGACCUCCUCACCCACCUAUGCCCUGCUCCUGCUCCACCUUCCUCCUCCUCCGCCCAGUCCCGUGUGGCAAAGGACCUUCAGCAGCUGCCACUGCACGGGAAGGGGACAAAAAAAAAAAAACCCAAACAGAUGCAAGGCGCCUGGCCAAGCCAGCGCUCCCGACUCUAUCUCUGUGCACUUUACCCCUCGAGUGCCCACGCCACCUCCACCACAUCCAGGGUUUCACCCCCACUCCCUCAUUCAACCACAAUCCUGCCCUUGAUGCUGCCUCGCUCUCUUUGUUUGCCCUCGACUCCACUCCACGCCACGCCCGCCUCCUACUUGAUGCCUGUCCCAUGUGACCCUAAGCCCCGAUAAUGGGGGCGAUGGCGUAUACUGCUGCUUCUCUGUCCAUCGGUCACCCAAGUAGCUCAACAUGUGCGAGUUUCACAGCUACUCAUCUCAUGUUAUCUCGGCCAUCACUAGAAAAGGCAAGCCUAAUGUAUGACGUCAUCGCGUAAAGCUGUAAUGUGUGGUAUGUCGUCAUCAUCCAGCAUCUCUCAUUUCUCCGAACUUCCUCAAGAUGGCUGUUCUGGUGUCCUGAGUAUAUUUAACUGGAUCUGUAAGAUUUGAUGUUUGCCAUUGGGCAUAUUAUGAAAACAAUAGUUAUACAUUUCUCAGGCUGUCCACAGUGCCUGUAAAUUAUAUAUAAACUCUAAAUUUAUUCAGCAUUUAAUUCUUUAUUUGAAAGAAGAAGAAAAAAAACAUUGCUUGUUUAAACAAUUGGAAAUAUGGGCAUUGUUGAGGACAGUAUGACCUCCAAUGUAAUAUAAUGCUUAAAGUUAAUUUUAAAGAACCGUUUUAUCAUGCUUUUUAUGAUACGCUUCUGAAUUGACGCCCCUUGUUAUUGGACUUGUAUGUCAAUAUGCAGAGGAGAUCAUGUGAAGUCUCAGACCUGGGACACUAGUUGGAAAAAGGAGUGUGUGCGUGUGAAGAAACUAAGAGUGAACUGGACACAUAGGAGCACUCUGGAGAUACACCAACAUUGUCCGGGACCCUUAAUACAAGCGUGCUGAAGUCUGACAUCCCAACAGCACUCUGAGCGGUUUUUCAGGGGCUGUUGAAACUGUGAUGCUUUGGUUAUUAGUGUGCUUGCAAAAGCACACUAUUGUUUUCUAUUACUGUCUUCUGUUUUUUCCCCCCCUUGGUAUUUUAAUUCUCAGAUAUUGAAGUUGUUGAUAAUGACCUAUGUAUCAUAAUACCAGUCAGUUUUGUGGUUAACAUGUGGAAUUGUUUUAAGGGAAGCACAGGGCAGACAUGUUGAUGUAAGCUGAGUUCCAGCCUACACUGCCAUUCCCUCAUCACCAUGCCGCCCGUAGGCCAAAGGUCUAUUGUGUGCUGCUAUCCAGACACGUUCACCAAAACACAUUAUGCCUAUAUUAAUCAAACACAUACAGAAUCCAUACAUGCAUGUGCUCUUCAUGAAUAAUGAUCACCAUUCCCUUACCAAAAGAUACUCAAAGGAGGUCCUCUAUACUUGCUAUGUUAAAACCAAAGUAUUGAAACAUUUCCUUCCUGCUGUGAAGUACAUUUGAUUUCAUUUCAUCCCACCCGCUCCUCUCCUCAGUUUAUGUAUCAUGGACAGUUAUUUCAUACACAGAUGGUUUUGAAUUUCUUCCUCCUGUCACACCGGCUUCGUAAUUGGUUGACACAGCCACCUGCUUGGUGGGCGAAGCAUAUGGUGCGUCGUUCAAAUUCCCUGAGUCAUUUUCAGAGUUAUGUGGACAGAGUAGCCACAAUCAUGACACCGCAGCGGGACAGGAACACGUCAUGGCCGUUUCUUUUAAAGGGUGAUGAAAGGUGGCCCUCUGCAAAUAUGGCCUUUAAACAGUGGUGGCAGACAAUGUACACACUGUAAACUGCUUAGGUCUGUUUUUAUCAUGUUUUGUAUUUCUUAAGUUAUUGUUUUGCUGUCUGCAUUAUGUAAACUUAAAUCCCCGUCAUAGCCUUCCUUAUUUUGCUGGACUGGUACUGCAUUGCUUUUGAAUAGUAUUCGUGAGAAUAUUAUGUGAAUGUUUGAACCUGAUUUUUUGUGAGGGAGAAAAACAUUGUAGUCAUUGUAUUUCAUUGAAUUUUAAUAGCCAUGCAAUAAAUGUAAGGAUUUACAGGG